GUCCUCUCGAGCUUCGCCGAUUUGUGGCCACUGGCAAACACCUCGUCGCCUGCCUGCUCCCCUCGUCUCGUCACUGAAUUGCACCUUUGAAGAUCUCGACUUCUGUCAACUCAAAGGACCACAUGGCUACCGUCGCAUCGACCUGGGUCUCACCACCCACAAGAACACCUUUGAUCGAGAACCUUGUAUCCGGUGUUGACCGUUACAAUCCGAACAAUGUCGGUAUCCUCGAGGAUUAUCUCUACCACCAGAUCAGGAGCGAGGAGUACGACUGUCUUGCUAACCUCGCCAUCCUGAAGCUCUACCAAUUCAACCCUGACCUAUACAACCCUGACGUUGUCAUCAACAUACUCAUCAAGGCUCUGACCUCGUCCCCCUUCCCCGAUUUCAACCUUUGCCUCUCCCUGCUCGACGAGCGGCCAGUCAAAGAGAACACUGACGAGCCUGACCCGCUUCCCUCCCUCCUCCCCAUCCUUACCACCCUCUACAACCUCCUCCAACAAUGUCGCUUCCCCGCCUUCUGGGCGAUGUACCGUUCCGACGAGGCGGAGGCGCUGCGCGACAACUAUACCGUCGAAUGCGUGGGCUUCGAGAACACUGUGCGCGACGUCGUCAUCCGUGCGGUGAAGGCGGCCUUCAAGCGGAUAGGCAGCGCACGGCUGAGUUCUUACCUUGAUCUCUCAGGCGAUGGUUUGACCGCUUACAUCGAAAAGCUCGGGUGGUCAAUCGACGCUGUGUCGGGUGUCGUUACUGUGCCGCCAAACCUCGAUAACAAUCCUCAGUCAACUGUGGUGCAGGAGUACAUCCAGUUGCCUCAGCUCGCAAAAGUCAUCUCUCAUGCGACCUUGACUGCAUGACCUACUGUACACUCUCGCUGUAUCGCUAGAUAACGCUCUGUGGUCUGACAAUGCUUGAAGCUUGCUUGUGAUGAGCAUGAACGUCCGCUACGGAAUCAUCUCUACAGCUCACAAAUGACAUGUGCAUCAGGUGAGAAGUACUACUGGAUCGUACACGACAUAAGAAUUCUGUACAUC